UGAGUUACAAUGUUGUGGUUUACAUCACUAAUGAAAGGAUUGAUUGAAUCAUGCAAUGGUAUAAAAGAGGCAGAGAAGCAGCAAAUGUCCCACUGCUGUCUCCAGUCAAGAUGACGAUUCUUCAGAUUCCAACUCUAUUGAUCCUGCUGAAAAUUAUACCUGUAUUCACAUUCCCAUUGCCAGCUGAUGAUUUGGAUUCGGCCACGCAUUACCUUAAGGAAUUUUAUGGCUUUCAAGAUGAUUCUUCUGAUAUUGUGAAAGGAGGCAAAGCUGCUUUCAGAGCUAAUGUUAUGAAAAUGCAAGAAUUCUUUGGCCUCCAUAAAACUGGAGAAUUGGACUCUUCAACCCUGGGCAUUAUGAAGAGAUCCCGAUGUGGAUUUCAAGAUCUUCUUCAAUAUAAUCACGGCCCAGGCAACCUCAAAUGGCAACAUAAGAACCUGACUUAUAGAAUCAUCAAUUAUACAUCACGUUUGAAACAGAGUGUUGUAAAGAAUGCAAUCAAAAAUGCUUUCAAAGUGUGGGCUGAUGUCACACCAUUGACCAUUACCAACAUUUUGAAGGGUGAAGCUGAUAUGAUGAUCUCCUUUCAAUACAAAGCACAUGGUGAUGGGUCUCCAUUUGAUGGACCUUCAAAAAUUCUGGCCCAUGCCUUUUCACCGGGAAAAUACAUUGGAGGUGACAUUCAUUUUGAUGUAGAGGAAUCUUGGUCGAUGAACAGAGAAGAAUACAAUCUUUUCUUAGUGGCUGCUCAUGAAAUUGGCCAUGCUUUGGGAAUGGGUCAUUCUAAAGAUGUGGGAGCUUUGAUGUACCCCGUUUACGCAUACAUUGAACAUCAAGAUUUUGCACUGCCACUUGAUGAUGUUAAAGGAAUUCAGGCACUGUAUGGCUCUUCAAAUAAACGUGACACAAAGCCACAUCCAAAGACUCCAGAGAAAUGUGACACCAGCCUGACCUUCGAUGCAGCCUGCACAUUGCGAGGAGAAAAAAUUUACUUUAAAGACAGGUUUCUUUGGCGUUUCCACCCACACACUCGAAUGUCACAAAUGUAUGUGAUCAGUACUCAAUGGCCAUUUCUCCCAUCUAAAAUUGAUGCUUCCUUUGAAAACAAAAUUUUGGACCUAGUUGUAUUUUUCCAUGGAACAAAAUACUGGGUCGUCAAUGGAUAUGACCUUGUAUCAAGAACCCCUGGGUCUAUAUAUGAGUUUGGUUUUCCUGAAACUGUUAUGAAAAUUGAUGCAGCUGUGCAGAUUUAUAAGACUCGAAAGACUUUCUUCUUUGUGGGAGACAAAUGCUGGAGUUACAAUGAAAGGGAAGGAAGGAUGGAUAAAGGAUAUCCAAAGUUGAUAGAAGAUGAAUGGCCUGGCAUUUCUGGCCCUGUGGAUGCUGCUCUUCAAGAAAAUGAUUUAAUUUAUUUCUUCAAUCAAUACACAACAUUUCAUUAUGACUACGAAGACAAGCGAGUCGUUAAUAUUGCAUAUGCAAGUUCACAAGUCUGCAAUUAAUCAACAUAAUUGCUCCACUUCUUGAGAAAAAUCAGAAUUACGUUGAUGAUUCAUAAAACAUAACAUUGUUUUAGCUUCUGCCUUUGCAGUGUCAAUAUAUUUUAUUCUGCAACUAAUCAUAUUCAUUAAUAUUUGCUGAAUAAAUUUGAGCUACUUCCUUAUUGCAUUUCUAUAAUAUACUAAUAGUUAAUGAACGUUGUAACAAUUCAAGAAAAUUAAAGCUGAAUACAUUGUACCUCCA